AGCUGACCACGGUUCAUGUCAGGAAGUGCUCCGUGUUUCAUGGCUAGUUCGGAACAUGAAGAGGAGAAGCUGUGUAAUGAUAAGCUGCUGGGACAACACGCUGAGCGCUUAAUGGCAAAGGACGGCCACUGGGACAUGGAGAGCUGCAGCGGCGGCCGGCCGUGGGGGAAGCUCGUCAAAGUGGACUCCAGUGAAACCAUUCUGCUUUUCAGGAAGGAAUGCACCGUUGGCAGAAAGAAAGGGUGUUACCUGUCCUUUCCGGCCAAUAAACUUGUCUCAGGGGAGCACUGCAAGAUAGUGAAAGACGACCACUCAGGGCAGGUCUGGCUUGAAGACACGAGCACUAACGGCACAGUGAUCAACUUGUCCAAAGUGGUGAAGAGGCAGACUCACCAACUGCAGCAUGGCGAUGUCAUCUACUUUGUGUACAGGAAGAGUGAGCCAGAACACAACAUCGCCUACGUCUACCACGCACUAAAAACGGAGGAAGCUAUUUCAGGGGACGGUUAUCAUAUAGAGAGGCCAGCCUGCAGUCUCUCUCCUGUCCUGGCAUCAGAGAUGUCCCUCUCCGUGGAACCUGUAAUGCUCAUAAAAGCUCCUCGGGAUCCAUCUCAGGAGGAACCUCAGCCUUCCACCUCUGCUUCCCACUUCUGUAUUGAGAAGCCCUCGCCUGAAGGCCCCAUGACGUCAGCUGCUUCAGCUUUGGGCCAAGCUAAGGAUGGAGCCUCCGCACUGGACCGACACACGGACCACCUGGAGCCAGAAUGCAAAAAGAGGAGAACAGAUGAUGAGAUGGCAGGGUCGGCUAAGGGAGGUCUUUUGUCCAGGCCACACGUGGAAGAGACUAAAACGGACAAGAUGGAGGAGUCGCUGACAUGCGUUAUUUGCCAGGACCUCCUGCAUGACUGCAUCAGCUUGCAGCCUUGCAUGCACGUUUUCUGCGCCGCCUGCUACUCGGGUUGGAUGGAGCGCUCCUCGCUGUGUCCCACCUGCCGCUGCCCGGUGGAGAGGAUUUGUAAAAACCACAUCCUCAACAACCUGGUGGAGGCCUACCUCAUCCAGCAUCCAGAAAAGUGCCGGAGCGAGGAGGACCUGAAGAGCAUGGACAGCCGGAACAAGAUAACUCAGGACAUGCUGCAGCCAAAAGUCGAACGUUCGUUCUCUGACGAGGAGGGCAGUUCAGAUUACCUCUUUGAGCUCUCUGACAAUGACAGCGACUCCUCAGACAUUAGUCAGCCGCUGGUGAUGUGCAGGCAGUGUCCAGGCCACAUACGGGACAUGGGCCAAGUUCUGUUCGCGUCGAGCUCCAGCUAUUGGUUCGCUGGUCUCCCACCUCUACCAGCUGCACCGCCUCCUCCCAAACCCGCGUGCGAAGAGGGAGCAGCAAAGCCAGCGGGAGAGCAGCCCUCCACGUCCUCUGAUCAGCUCUCGACUGACGCGCCUCAGGAGUACUCCUGCCCCCCUCAGGGCUGCCACCUUAUCUGCACCUGCUGCCUUCAGCCAAUGCCAGACAGACGUGCCGAGCUAAACAACCAGCAGCAGGCCGUCGCUCAACAAUGUAUGCUGUGCCAGAGACCGUUCUGUCAUAUGUACUGGGGCUGCCAGAGGAUUGGCUGUCAUGGCUGCUUGGCUCGAUUCAGCGAGCUUAAUCUGACUGACAAGUGUCUGGAUGGUGUGCUGAACAACAAUAACUAUGAAUCAGAGGUUCUACAGAACUACCUCUCUGCUAAGGGGAAGACAUGGAAAGAUCUGCUUCAGGAGUCGUUGCAAGGCUUACAGCAGGGAAAGUAUCUCCUGACAGAUUGUCGCAUCUCUGCAAACACAAUCCUCUGCUUCUGUUGUGGUCUGCGAGCCUUCAAGGAGCUGGCCUACAAGUACAGACAGAACAUCCCUCUAUCCGAACUGCCAGCUUCUGUAACGUCUCGUCCCGACUGUUACUGGGGCCGCAACUGUCGCACGCAGGUGAAGGCGCACCAUGCCGUGAAAUUCAACCACAUUUGUGAACAGACCCGUUUCAAGAGCUGAAGUGGCUGGACGUUCUGGUUCUUCUCCCCCGACUCUGUCAAACGUCGAUAACUCUGCAUCUCAUGCACUCGUGAAACACCUCUUGAUGCGUUUCGCCCUGUCCACUGUAGACGACAGCCUUAUGCAAUUACCUAAUGCACGUAUUAACAAUCAGAGACCAUUUAAAACGAUGCCCAUGUUCUCACAGACCUCAGGAGAAUCUAUGCACAUUCAAACUACCAACGGUUAUUAUUUGUACAUGUUGCUGAUUUUUGCUGUCACUCAGAAUAAACAGCCAGCCACAUUU